CUCGCCGACUUCCUCUUCACGCCCAAGUCUCGAAUUCAAAGAUCAAUCGCGCUCAGUGCGAGAGGACGGGGUGCGGCCCCUACUCCACCCCUGCGAGAACUCCUGGUCUCCCGGCUGCCACUCGGGACGACUUCUGACCACGAGCAGCAGCGAAGCCGACCACGGGAGCUGCCGCACCAACCAUGGACUCGAGCGCAGCUCCCAACAUGAACAGCAGCAUCAGCGGCGGCGGCGGCCUCUGCCCAACAGACGACUCCUACAAGUACCCCGUCUACUCGGCCGUCUACGGCAUUGUCUUCAUCAUCGGGAUCACGGGCAACUCGAUCGCGCUCUACGUCUUCCUGCACCUGACGAGGACGAAACUGGCCAGCACCGUCUACUUCAUCAACCUGGCCUUCGCCGACAUGUUCUUCGUGCUCAUUCUGCCGCUGCGCGUCGUCUACUACGUGCGCGACGGCGACUGGCCGUUCGGGGACGCGAUGUGCCGCAUCAGCUCGUUCGCCUUCUACGUCAACCUCUACGGCAGCAUCUUCUUCCUCACCGGCCUCAGCGUGACUCGCUACCUGGCCGUGGUUCACCCCGUGCGCUCGCUCAAGGCCGUCACGGCGCGGCGCGCGGUCAUCGCCUGCGUGUCCAUCUGGGUCUUCGUGGCGCUGCUCACCUCCCCGUUCCUGCUCAACGGCCAGCAUCACGACGCGUCGAGCGGGAGGACGCUCUGCUUCGAGAGUAAAAGUGGCGGCAGCCUGAUGAUGAUAUUGGCCAUGAACUACAUCGCCCUGGUGAUCGGAGUCCUCGUCCCGUUCGCGAUCAUCGUCGCCUGCUACGUGGCCAUCGCGCGCACCCUGAUGAACUCCCCGAUGGCACAGCGCAGAGAUUCAAACGCGUGCAAGCGCGCCGUGCGCAUGAUCGUGCUGGUGCUGGCCGUGUUCGUGGUCUGCUUCAUCCCGUACCACGUGCAGCGCACGCUGCUGCUCCACCAGCUCAUCAACCGCCACAGCAGCUGCGACACGAAGCUCUACCUGCAGAAGUCGGUGGUGGCCACCGUCUGCUUCGCCGCCUUCAACAGCUGCCUCGACCCGCUCAUCUACUUCUUCGUCGGCGAGAAGUUCCGCGAGCGGUUCAUGAGCGCCGUGCGGAGGCGCUCACGAAUCACCUCCGCCACCAGCUCCGUCCGCCCCAAAGAUCCUCUCACCAGAAGCACGACCAGGGACGCCUCCAAGCUUCACAUGCAGCCACUCGAGGGCGAUCCUCUACAGAAGGAGGGGGAGCCACAAGAGGAGACCGACGAGCGAUAGGCGUCUGAGUGAGACUCCGCACCAGACGAGUGUUCAGCGAUGGACGCCCAACGCUGGCUGGGGAAACAAUGAUGAUCGUCUAUUACCAUAUCGAUACCACACGUGUGAUGAUUUUUGUACCGUGCAGCCAUGAUUAUUCCACUGCUGGAUGAAGGCGCUUCCCAAGCCACUGCUAACUCUCGGCAUCCUGCGAUGUAAUGAUCCACAUAGCACCCGCACAAAAGCUGCUUUCAUCGCUCCAUCUCCUCACUCAACGAUUUGUGUCUUAAUGCUGAACCCCUAACUUUUUAUAUUUAACUUUAUACAUAAUGGUGGGCGUUUUGUAUUGCUGUACAAAUGUAUACUGUUGUACAUUUGCUUGUGUCCAUGUGGACAGUCUUGUUAUUUGACAUCUGGAUGAUUUCCUGUGUGCGUCGUUCGGGUCGUGCGGAUCGUUUGACCAUACUUCCCCACGCUGGUCAGGGCAAGUUGGUGACAGUGGUGAUCAUAGACGUGGGACUUGGGAUUGGUAAAUUGUGUGUGCCCAGGACCAGUUCUGAUAUCACUCACCACGAAUGUUAGUCGUGGCCUAUCUGAUCAAUUUGCUGCUUUUCGAUUUGGUUUUACCCCUGCCCAUCUCUGCUCAUGCAUCGUUCCAUCAAUUUUAGUAACAUGAAGGACAUUUCACCAACAUCUUCAUCUGAUACAUCCUUAGUGUACGUUACUGAAACUAUGAAGUCCCCUUACCAAGACAACUCGCCUGGACUCCAUGGUAUGUGCUGUACACUGGAUGUAUUUUGCAAGAAUAAAAACCUAGCUUUUUAA